UCCCUGCCAAGACAACGAACACUCCAGCCCUGGGAAAGGAAAAUAAACAUGUGAGAGAAGGAGGUGGGAUAGGGUUAAAAAGAAAAAGAAAAAGGGCUGUACUCUGGAAGCAAAAUAGCUCCUAAGACGUUGCAAAUAUCUUUGGUGGAGGGAGACCGGCAGCCAGAACUUGAUGUGGACCUGGUGGAGGAAAGCUGAGCCCUCAGAGAAUGGCUAACUUGGCUCCGUGAAGGAGAUCCCUAAGGGGAUUUUUAUAACCGGAAAGGGGCUGUCCAAAUAGCCAGCGUGAAGAGGUUCUGUCGCCUGGACGUUCGUUUCUUCUGGAAGACUAGUGCCCAGGUUUUGUGUGGUUUUAUUGCUUAGUCCUUGGCCGUCAGCAUAGUAAAACUGACCCAUCAGACCUUUCUGGCAAGAUCUUUUGGAAGCUGUGGAGCAGGAAGCAACUGCUCCUGCACGGGGGACUUUAGCAAGGCGACCUGCCUUUGGAUCUUUGGGAGUAUGUCAGCAUUGCUGCAAGCCGCAGAUGGGAGCGCUGAUGGGAUUCCACCGAGAGCUCUGGCUGGGACACCCAGCACAGAGAGUGGAGGAGAGAAUGGCGAGACAUCUCAAUGCAAAUCUUCUGAUUCCAGUGGGGAAGAAGAGGCAGCUGUGAGCAAGAAGAAGCCACGCAGGCAGAGGACGCAUUUCACCAGCCAGCAGCUGCAGGAGCUGGAGGCCACUUUCCAGCGGAACCGCUAUCCGGACAUGAGCACCAGGGAGGAGAUUGCCGGCUGGACCAACCUGACAGAGCCCAGGAUCAGAGUUUGGUUUAAGAACCGGAGAGCCAAGUGGCGGAAGAAGGAGCGCCACCAGCAGACGGAGCUCUGCAAAGGCCCCUUCGGCUCGCAGCUCAGCGGUUUGCCUGGGAGCCCUUACGAGGACCUCUACCCAAGCUAUGCCUACAGCUCCUGGGCCCCCAAGGGACUGCAUGCCACCCCCAUGCAUGGCAAAGGGUUCCAGCUCUUCAACUCCAUGAAUCUCAAUUCCUUUCCACCCCAGGGUGUGUUUCCUGGAGCUGCAGGAGCCUCCGUGCCUGGCGUCCCCUCUCUGGAGCCCUUCAACAGCCUGGCAAGCCCUCCUGGGCCUCCUGUCUCAACGUAUGGAGCCGGUGCUUCUUCCCCGUACAUGUACAGGGACCCCUGCAGCGCAAGCCUGGCUGGGUUGAGGCUCAGAGCGAAACAGCCCCAGCUGCCGCCCCUCAACUAUGGCUCCCCUCCAAACCCAGCCGUCAGCCCCAGCUCCAGCCAGUAUAAUCUGGACAGGCCAGUGUGACGUUGCGGCCCAAAAGGAGGGCCACUAUUGUGCCCUCUUCAGA